CAUGGAGGCUCUCACCACUCAGCUGGGGCCGGGGCGCGAGGGCAACUCCUCACCCAACUCAAAGCAGGAGCUCCAACCCUAUUCGGGCUCCAACGCUCUCAAACCCAACCAGGUGGGCGAGACGUCGCUGUACGGGGUGCCUAUCGUGUCUCUGGUCAUCGACGGCCAGGAGCGCCUGUGCCUGGCUCAGAUCUCCAACACCCUCCUCAAGAACUACAGCUACAAUGAGAUACACAACCGCCGGGUGGCCCUGGGCAUCACGUGCGUGCAGUGCACGCCGGUGCAGCUAGAGAUUCUGCGUCGGGCCGGGGCCAUGCCCAUCUCGUCGCGUCGCUGUGGCAUGAUCACGAAGCGCGAGGCCGAACGCCUGUGCAAGUCGUUCUUGGGCGAGCACAAACCUCCCAAGCUACCCGAGAACUUCGCGUUCGAUGUGGUGCACGAGUGUGCGUGGGGCUCGCGUGGCAGCUUCAUCCCCGCGCGUUACAACAGCUCGCGUGCCAAGUGCAUCAAGUGCGGCUACUGCAGCAUGUACUUCUCGCCUAACAAGUUCAUCUUCCACUCACACCGCACACCCGACGCCAAGUAUACGCAGCCCGACGCCGCCAACUUCAAUUCCUGGCGCCGUCACCUCAAACUCAGUGAUAAGUCGGCCACAGACGAAUUAAGCCACGCUUGGGAGGACGUCAAGGCCAUGUUCAAUGGCGGCACGCGCAAGCGGACCUUCUCGCUGCAAGGAGGCGGCGGCGGCGGCUCGAACGGAGGGUCUGGUGGGCCGGGGAAGGGUGGUGCUGGUGGCGGCGGCGGCCCAGGGUGUGGCGCGGAGAUGGCGCCAGGCCCGCCACCCCACAAAAGCCUGCGCUGUGGCGAAGAUGAGGCCACUGGGCCUCCGGGGGCGCCUCCUCCCCAUCCGCAGAGGGGACUUGGUCUGCCAGCGGGAGCCGGCGGCCCCGCGGGCCCCGGAGCGCCUGGUGGCGGAGCCGGCGUGCGUAGCUACCCAGUGAUUCCAGUUCCUAGUAAGGGGUUUGGCCUCUUGCAGAAACUGCCCCCGCCUCUCUUCCCUCAUCCCUACGGCUUCCCCACGGCCUUCGGUCUCUGCCCCAAAAAGGACGACCCCGUGCUCGGCGCGGGUGAACCCAAGGGUGGCCCAGGCACGGGGAGCAGUGGGGGCGCGGGCACUGGCGGAGGCGCGGGUGUCCCAGGAACAGGUCACUUGCCCCCGGGGGCCGGGGCUGGCCCGGGCGGCGGCGCCAUGUUCUGGGGUCACCAACCCUCCGGGGCAGCCAAGGACGCAGCGGCCGUGGCUGCAGCUGCCGCCGCAGCCACUGUGUACCCGACGUUUCCCAUGUUCUGGCCGGCGGCGGGCAGCCUCCCCGUGCCGCCCUAUCCAGCUGCGCAGAGCCAAGCCAAGGCCGUGGCGGCCGCUGUAGCGGCAGCGGCGGCGGCGGCGGCGGCGGCCGCUGGUGGCAGCGGCCCCGAGUCCCUAGACGGUGCCGAGCCGACCAAGGAAGGCAGCCUGGGCGCAGAAGAGCGCUGUCCGAGCGCGCUGUCUCGCGGGCCGCUGGACGAGGACUGCACGGACGACGCGCUGCCGCCUCCGCUGGCCCCGUUGCCCCCGCCGCCGCCGCCACCCGCACGCAAAGGCUCCUACGUCUCGGCCUUCCGGCCUGUGGUCAAGGACGCCGAGAGUAUCGCCAAGCUCUAUGGUAGCGCCCGGGACGCGUACGGCGCCGGGUCCGCUCGUGGGCCAGGACCCAACGCGGGGUCCGGAGGCGGCUACGUGAGCCCGGACUUUCUGAGCGAGGGCAGUUCCAGCUACCACUCCGCCUCACCGGACGUGGACACUGCGGACGAACCCGAGGUGGACGUGGAGUCCAACCGCUUCCCCGACGACGAGGGCGCCCCGGAUGAGGCGGAGCACGGCGUGCCCAGCGCUCCCAGCACCGGAGGCGGCCCAGACGGCGAGCAGCCCGCAGGGCCCCCGUCUACCACCUCCUCGGGCGCUGACGGUGCCACAGACUCUCCCGACGGCGGCAGCCCUCGCCCCCGGCGCCGCCCGGGGCUACCCCCAGCCAGCCGGCCCGCCUUUGGGGACCCAGCGGCCGACGACCUAGUGAGGAGACCCGAGAGGAGCCCGCCGAGCAGCGGCUAUGAGCUGCGAGAGCCUUGCGGGCCUCUGGGGGGCCCCGCGCCAGCUAAGGUGUACGCGCCAGAGCGGGACGAGCACGUGAAGAGCGCGGCGGCGGCGCUGGGGCCCGCGACCUCCUACCUCUGCACCCCCGAGGCCCACGAACCAGAUAAGGAAGACAAUCACUCGACCGCCGAUGAUUUGGAAACGAGGAAAUCCUAUCCAGACCAAAGGAGUAUCUCCCAACCAAGUCCUGCAAAUACAGACCGAGGCUUCUUCCAGGACAGAACUCUGCUUACCUGCCCUCGUUUCCCAGGUGAAGAUGGGCUUACCCUGGAUGUCACUGGAACUCAGCUUGUGGAGAAAGAUAUCGAGAACUUGGCCAGAGACGAAUUGCAAAAACUGCUCCUGGAGCAAAUGGAUCUCCGCAAAAAACUGGAGCGAGAAUUUCAGAGUCUCAAAGAUAAUUUUCAGGAUCAAAUGAAGAGGGAAUUGGCUUAUCGAGAAGAAAUGGUGCAACAGCUGCAAAUUGUCAGAGACACUCUGUGUAACGAACUUGACCAAGAGCGGAAGGCGCGCUAUGCCAUCCAGCAGAAAUUAAAAGAAGCCCAUGACGCCCUGCACCACUUCUCCUGCAAGAUGCUGACGCCCCGUCAUUGCACCGGCAACUGCUCCUUCAAGCCCCCGCUGUUGCCCUAGGGCCGGCCCGGCUGCGCCCACGCGCCCUCAAGCCAUGCUGCUCUCUUCCUGUAAAUACCCACGGCCGCGGCGGCCCAGAGCGAGGAACAAGCCAUUCGGACCGGACCGUUGUAAAUACAGCUUUCCUCCCGUCCGCCCUCCUCCCGGGCACCACAAGCCCAUGGCCCCGCCUCUGUUUCCAACUGUAAAUAACCAUCUCGCCCUACGGUUGAACUCCCGGGCAUCGGACCUCAAGGGGUUAACUGGACCGAAGGGGGUAAGAAAGGGGAGAGAGAGUCUCUCCACACACUGUGCCCCCACCUCCCUACAGCCUCGGACCCCUAAUUUGAAUACAAUGUAGCAACUUCGCUGGCGCUGACCCCCAGCCCCAACCCCGCUCCCCUAUCCCGUCCACUUCUGAAACUUGUUCCUAACGACAGUGGCUAUGUGCAAUGGAUAUAAAUGUACUGUGAGUCUCCUGGUUCAGUAUUGGGUUCACUUUAAUUUAUUUAUGUUGUUUACGUUAUUUUGCUCUCUUUUGUACUUACUUCCAGUCCCCUUCUGCAUUCCCUUUUGGGUUUUGCUUUGCCUAUUUUUGUUGUAACCUGUUAAUAUAACAGCACUUUAUAAAGGGCGACAACUGACUCACAAGAUGGAGACCACCUUGAGCCUGUUUGGGAAACCACUCUGUAUCAGUGACUUUUGUUUUUAAUAAUAAAAAGAAAUUCUAUCACUUCCUGGGGCUGUGGAGGUGGGAGUGAGACAGGUGGGAAAGGAGGCUGCGCAGAGAGACCUGCUGAGGGUUGCGCAACAAUUGGGGCAUGGGGACCACAGCGCCAGUUCUGGGGCGCCUGCUGAGAAUUGCGCCCGCUCAGGUAGGUAGCAGCUGGCACCCUGACCUAUGCCCCGGCCCUUCAGACAUACCCAGCUUGCCCCACGGGCCAUCCCCUCCUCAUUUCUAGCACCGUCGCCUGGGCCUCUGCCCAGGGAACGACGUCUAUGGCUUGGUCCUUGACGCCGUGUUGCCUGAACGCUUCCCUGUGUGGUCCCUAGGGGCCGAGAGUUAUUCGUGCCUACCCCACUGGGGAAGUCGUCCCCAGGCCCUCGGAGAAGGGACGCUGUUUUCCUGACAAUUUGCACGGCACCCUUCCCAGAAUGCCAAGUUCAACCAGAAUUGCUAGAAGGCGCGGGCAUCACCCGCCUUGCCCUGGAGCACUGGGGCACGGGGGAGGCGAGGUAUUUUUGAUGGACCUCGGCCGGCAGGCCUGGAAAGGAAGGGCGUGACUCAGCGCUGGUGCUCAGAUGCUCUCCCGCCUGCCCCGCCGCUACCCGACCGAAGGUUUUUAUGUUCCGUCCAGUUUAGUUCGAGCGAGUUUGUGGAUGUGAAGGAGCCCAAGAAGAAAGGUGAGGCCGCUGCAGUCCAGGGCGCCCCCACGGGGUUGUGCGGGAAGAGUGUGUUCCCCGGCGGCGGUGGUAGAGGCCUCACAUUGCCGCAGGCCUCGCGACGGCCUCUUUCCGCAGCGCAUCUGCUGGUCCGGCUACAGAUAAAGGAGGGAAACGGCGGCGCCUCUUUUGGAGGGGGAAGAGAGAGUGUCUGGAGUGGGAAAUCUCGCCGUACCGGGAAUCAAUCAGCUCUGGCUUUCAGUUUUACCCCCCUGGGCUGACUAGUAGGGGUGCUGUGUCGCGCCCUUUAUUAUUCCUAGGCCAAUGUUCUGGCCUAUGUAAAAUAAUAUUCAGGCCUCGCUUUCCGGUGCGCAUGGAAGCUUCUCUGGAAGGGAAGCAGACCGCAGGGUAGCGGUCCUCCGCCAGGACCAGCGCCUCGACGACCCGCUCCUUCCACAAGGCUCUCACUGCGCGUCUUGGGAGGGCCUGGGGGGCCCCAGGCGGAGACGCUGGAGGGUGCUCCGGCCGGGAAGUUUCAUGGUGGGUGGUCUGGAGGGCUCGAGGCGGGGCCGGCGGGCUGGGGGCGUGUUCUGGACCGCCCCAAAGGGGCCCCAGCCGGAGACCGCUGCGCGGUGAAGGCAGGAAGCCAGUCCCCAGAGCAUCCUGAGCUAGGGCUUGCAGCCCUCAA